ACUGACGUAUUUAAUGUUUGUCGUCGCAGGUCUCUGUGAAGAAGUGGCUAAAAAGGCAAUACGAAGAAAAUUUCUGUGCAAUUAUUUAAACAUAAUUUUUAUAAAAAUACAUUGUGUUGCAAUUAGCAAAUCUUGUCUAAAGUUUUGAAAAUCCAAUACACUGCCUUUGGAAAAUUCAAUAUCGAACGGAAUAAGCAAAUUAUUUAUAUUUUUCCUUUUUAAGCAGCAGAAGCUAUUAUAUCGAAAGCAAUCAAUUUAGUGAUACGGCGACGUCGACGUCAACGCAGUAAAAAAUAAAAAUCUAAAAAUAUUUCUUUUUUUCCUAAACGAAAAAAAGUAUAUUCUGCAAAAAGUAAAAAAGAAAAAACUGUAUUUUUUGCAUACGCUUCUAUACAAAUAGAAAUAAAAGAAAAAUAUUUAAUUGAAAGAAGUAAAGAAAGAAAAAAAUAGCCAUGGUCUUGAAAGUGUACAUUAGUGGCAUGUCUGGCAAUAAGGAGGUCAAAAAACGCCAACAACGUGUCCUUAUGAUUUUGGAUAGUAAAAAUAUUAGUUACGAGGUUAUUGACAUAACAGAACCUGGUCGUGAAAGUGAUAAGGAAUUUAUGCAGAAUAAAUCCACCAGCAAUGGAGCAACAGUAAGUGAUCCCGAGCCAAGACAUGCCUUACCACCACAAAUUUUCAACGAAGAAGAAUACUGUGGAGACUAUGAUGCCUUUGAUUUAGCCAAUGAAAUUGAUACAUUGGAACAAUUCCUUAAAGUGGCUCCACCCGUUGAUAACACAGCCGAAGAAGUGGCGAGUGCGCAACAAGAAAACGGUGAGGCCAAGCCUGCCAAUGGUGAGGAAGGCGGUGAAAAUAAGGAGAAUGAAGGCGAGCAAUCGUCCGAAGAUAAGGCUGCUAAAGAUGGUGAAGAAAAUGCAGAGAAUGCCGAAAAAACUAAAGAUUCUGAGGAGGAUGCUGACGCUGCCAAGGAUAAUGAAAAAUCCGAUGAAAAAAAUAAUGAUGAAGAGGGUAAAACUGAAACUGAAGAAGGUGACAAAGAAAAAGAAAAUAAAGAAGAAGGAGAUGUUGAAGGUGAUGAUAAGAAAACAGAUGAAGAAACGGACGAAAAAGAAAAUGAUGGAAAGGAGAAAACCGACGAUAAUGAGAAGGAAGAAGGCGAUACUAAUAACGAAACUAAAGACGAUGAAUCCAAUGAUAAGGAUGAUAAAACAGAAGAAGGCGAAGGAAAAGAGCCUACGAAAGAGGAUCAAGAGGAAAAAGUUGAUGCCGAGGAACUUAAGAAUGAUAAAACCGAAGCUAAGGAUGAAGUCGAGGUGAAAGAAGAAGAAAAAAAUGAAAAGGAUGAGGAAAAUGUUAAUGCCGAGGAAUCUAAUGAGAAGGAAGAAGGCGAUACUACUAACGAAAGUAAAGAGGAUAAGGAUGGCAACACUAAAGAAGGCGAAGAAAAAGAGCCUAAGGAAGAGGAUCAAGAGGAAAAAGAUGAUGUCGAGGAACCUAAGAACGAUAAAACCGAAGCUAAGGAUGAAGUCGAGGUGAAAGAAGAAGAAAAAAAUGAAAAGGAAGAUGAGGAAACUUCCAAAGAUGAAGCUGAAGAUGUAAAAAAUAAAAAGGAAGACGAAAAGGACAAUGAAGAUGGUGAAAAAGAAAAAGAAGAAAACGAUAAUAAUGAGGCUAAUAAGGAAGAAGAUGAGACCGAAAAUAAAGAGAAGGAAGCAGAAUCUGUUGAUGUCGCCGAAACGGAAAAUAAAGAAGAAAAUCAUGAUGAAGCAGAAACGGAAAAGGAAGAAAAGAAAGCUAAUAAUGAAGAUGAUCAAAAUGAAAAACCCAAAGAAAGUAAUAAUGUAAUUGAAGAAUCCAAAGAAGGAAACAAAACAGAACAAACGAACGAAAACGAGGAAACCAAAACUGCUGAUAAUACAGCUGAAGAAGAAAAACUUUCUGAAGAUGCUAAAAACGAAAACGAUAAUAAAGAAAAAGAAUUUGAAAUCGAAAAGAAUUCAACGGAAAAAACAAUUUCGAGUGAAACUAAAACUGAAAGUUCCGUUGAAGAAGAGGAGAAAGAAGAAUAAGUAUAAUUUAAAAAAAAUCUAAUAACGACUGAUGACUGAUUAUAAGAACAAACACCCCUCUCUUUUCUAUACAUACGUAUUCAUAAAAACAAAAUGUUUUAAACAACACACACUUAUUCUCACAAACUACACAUAUCAUUUAAAAAAAAAGAACACUCAAUAUGGAUUCAAAUGCACUUUUUAUGCUCUUACACGUAGAAUAACUUGUAGAGAGUUUUAAAUAAUAAUUCUUCCCCUCCAACUUCUACUCAUAGUCCUUGUAAAUAAAUUUUAUUAAAUAAAAGGUUUAAAGUUAAGGGUUUUAAA